AUGCAUAAGAUCCUGUUGUUGGUCUUGUUGCUUGCCGUCCAAACCAUAUUCAAUGGCGUCCGGUGCGAUAACACGACAGGUGAGGUCACUAAGCUACAGUUACCAAGUGGUUGUCUCAGUGGAACCCUGAAGCCCAACAGCAGCCUCUUCAAGUUUCAUCAACUUCGUUAUCUUGAUCUCUCUAAAAACAACUUUGCCUCCUCUUCACUCCCUUCCGAGUUUGGCAAUCUCAACAAAUUAGAGGUCUUGCGUCUUUCCUCUAAUGGCUUUAUAGGUCAAGUUCCUUCCUCAUUUAAUAACCUAAGCCUGCUUUCCUUUUUAGAACUUUCCGGAAAGGAGCUCACUGGUAGUUUCCCACUUAUACGGAAUCUAACCAAACUCUUACUUUUAGACCUUUCCAAUAAUCGCUUCUCAACUCUUAAACCCAACAGUAGCCUUUUUGGCUUGCACCACCUUCGUUACCUUGAUCUCUCUUUGAACAGUUUCACUUCGUCUUCACUUCCUUCCAGAUUAGGCAAUCUCAACAAUUUAGAGAUCUUGGGUCUUUCCUCUAACGGCUUCAUCGGCCAAGUUCCUUCCUCAUUUAGUAACCUAAGCAUGCUAACCUUGUUAUACCUUGACAAGAACGAGCUGACCGGUAGUUUCCCACUUGUAUGGAAUCUAGCCAACCUCUCGAUUUUGGACCUUUCCAGUAAUAACUUCUCCGGAGCCAUACCUUCUUCUCUUCUCACUAUGCCUUCCUUGUCAUAUCUAAAUCUCCGUGGAAACCAUUUCACAGAUCCUCUUAAACUUCCCAACUCCUCUGCUUCAUCUCGGCUUGAAACUCUGUUCCUUGGGAAUAACCGUUUUGAAGGAAAAAUCCUAAAGCCUAUCUCAAAGUUCACCACCCUCAAAUAUCUCGACCUUUCUUUUCUAAACAUAAGCUACCCAAUUGACUUAAGGCUCUUCUUCACUCUCAAAUCUUUGUUGAGACUUGAUCUUUCCGGUAAUAGUAUAAUGGCUACUAGUAUAAGUUCAUAUUCCAACAUCACAAUGAACUUGGAUGUUUUGCUCUUGUCACGCUGCGGCCUCAGUGAGUUCCCAAACAUCUUAAGAACCUUUAAGAAAUUGGAGCAUAUAGAGAUUUCAAGAAAUAGAAUUGAAGGGAAAAUCCCCCAGUGGUUAUGGAACCUUCCUCGUCUGAGUUUCCUGAAUCUUGGUUACAAUUCUUUUGAUGGGUUCCAAGGAUCGACAAAGGUUUUAGUAAAUUCAUCAGUGCAGAUAUUAGUGUUGCCUUUCAACCGUUUUGAAGGAGCAUUUCCUAGUCUACCACUCUCUAUCAACGUGUUGUCUGCAAGGAACAAUAGUUUCACAGGGGACAUACCACUUUCAAUCUGCAAGCCCUCUCUCAUUGUUCUUGAUCUAUCCUACAACAACUUCACCGGUCCAGUUCCUCAAUGCCUGAGUAACUUCAGGGACGUGAAUCUCCGGAAGAACAACUUGGAAGGAAAUCUUCCGGACAUGUUCUAUGCUGGUGCCUCUCUGCGCGCACUUGAUGUUGGCUACAAUCGACUAACCAAAAAACUUCCAAGGUCUCUACUAAAUUGUUCAUCUCUACAGUUCUUAAGUGUAGACCACAACCGAAUCAAAGACACAUUUCCUUUCUGGCUCAAGGCGUUAUCCAAUUUGCAAGUCCUUACCCUACGGUCAAACAAAUUCUAUGGUCCUAUAUCUUCUCCUGAUCAUGGUCCUCUCGCAUUUCCUGAGCUGCGAGUACUUGAAAUAUCAGAUAACAACUUUACUGGAAGCUUUCCACCAAGUUACUUUGUUAAUUGGAAAGCAACUUCACUUGAGAGGAAUGAAGAUGGGAGUUUAUAUAUGGGAUACAAAAAGAAAACUUCCAAAGAUGGUUACUAUACUUACGAAGAUACUAUAGAUUUGCAAUACAAAGGUCUAUUCAUGGAACAGGGCAAGGUCCUUACUUUCUACAGCGCCAUUGAUUUUUCUGGAAACAGAUUUGAAGGAUUGAUUCCUGAAUCCAUUGGUCUCUUGAAGACUUUGAUUGCGCUCAACUUAUCGAACAACGGAUUCACAGGCCAUAUUCCUCUUUCUUUGGUCAAUGUUACAGACCUCGAGUCACUAGACCUGUCAAGAAACCAACUCUCUGGGACUAUUCCCAGUGGCCUCAAGACUCUCUCGUUUUUGGCGUACAUAAAUGUAUCUCAUAACCAACUCAAAGGUGAAAUACCACAAGGAACACAAAUCACUGGGCAAUCUAAAUCCUCCUUUGAAGGGAAUGCAGGGCUUUGUGGUCUUCCUCUAGAACAAAGUUGCUUCCGCUCUAGUGUGCCAGCGAUACAACCAAAGCAAGAAGACGAAGAAGAAGACAAAGGAGAGGUGUUGAACUGGAAAGCAGUGGCUAUAGGAUAUGCUCCUGGAGUGUUGUUUGGAUUGGCAAUAGCAAAACUCAUUGCUUCAUACAAGCCAGAGUGGCUCGUCAAAAUUAUUGGUCCUGAAAAGCGCAAACACCGUUAGAGGAUUGACUUGGUUUUACGUGUGAUCUUUGAAUGUCUAUAUCAAAACCUUGCUGGUUUUGUUAUGUAGUGGUUCCUUAUGUUUAUUUGUAUCUUCAUGUGAAACUUUGUUCUAUUUCCUUUUCAAUAAAGUAAAAAUGCUGAAAGUUGGAUAAA